UUCUGUGGUUGAAGGUCAACUGAGAGGGAAACCCGGAAGUGGGGUAUGUUCUUGGAAUUCUGAGGAGUUUCCUGUGGAACAUGGGAUGCGCCAAUAUUAAUUUGGGUGGGACUGCGGUAUCUGAUGUUUGUACACAACAUGGGUAUCGGUCAGAUGUACAGGAGGAUGUUUAAAUGAAGGAUGCAUGUUGCGAUUUUACGUUUUAAUUUCGAAUUUUGCUAGGAACAGACUGUUUAGAAGAACAGAAAGAUGCAUCUGUUCUUUCGUAGAAAGAAACAAAGUGAUGAAGCACGUAGAAGACUGGAGUUGCAAAUGUGCCUGGCCAAAGAAGCUGGGGCUGACGAUAUUGUGGAUAUCUCAAAAUGUGAACUCUCAGAGAUUCCAUCUGGGGUUAUAUCUACAUGUAAAGUCCUGCAGAAGAAGGUUUUGAUUGUCCAUACUAAUCAGCUGACAUGUUUGGUUCCAAAGCUCUGUCACACUCAUGAUUUGAAAACUCUAAAGGUGCUGGACCUGCAUGACAAUCUGCUAGAUGCCUUACCUGCUGACAUUGACAAGAUGGUGUCACUUCAGGUGCUGAAUGUUGAAAAGAAUCUAAUCAAAUCCCUUCCUGAGGCAAUCGGAAACCUACCUCAGCUGCAGACCCUCAACAUUAAAGGUAACAAGCUGAAGUCUUUACCUAAAACCAUGGGCAGCCUUCGAAGUCUACGCACUCUUGAUGUCAGUGAGAACUACUUACAAGUCUUACCUCAAGAACUUGCUCACAUUCGGACACUGGAGACCCUCGUGCUGGAUACAAAUUCCAUUACAUACCCUCCAGUGGGCAUAUGCUGUGGUGGUACAGAGAGCAUAAAGAAGUUCCUUUGUGAAGAGGCUGGCAUUGAGUACAGUCCACCAUCACAGCACCUUCUUCCAGUGCUGGAGAGUGAUACUGGUGGAAGCCCUGAAGACUGUGUCGAUGCAGCUUUUUCCCAGUGCAUCCAGGAGGAGGCAAACUGGCAGAAAAAGAUCCUAGAGUAUGAGGCAAGAAAGGAACAGAUGAAAUUGGAGAAGGACCUAAUAGAUCACCAGCGAUACCUGGAAAAUGAGCAUCAUAAACUCCUAAAGGAGUUGAAGCAGGCCGAGGAUUUGACAACUACUCGGGUCCAGAGGUUACUGGAUGAAAACCAAAGGCGGAAGCAAGGUAACGAACUCCUAGAAUCUCUGGAAAAAGAAAGAUUGAAGAUGGAACAGUUGAUGGCAAUUACACAAGAAGAGGCAGAAAACUUACGCAGGAAAGAAGUAGCAGCUGCCAUGCAACAAAUGUUGAUAGAAAGCUACCAGAACAAAAUACUGCAAGAUGCAUGUGAGUCUCGAAGACAGAACCUGGUCAACGCAGCCUACAGCAGCUUGACUGAGAUGGAUGAGAAAUUCCUGCAGAUCCAAGCUUGGCAGCAGCUGGAUAAAAACAAAGCCAUCAGUCAGAUCCUGCAAGAGGCAGAAAUGCAGAAAGUGGCGUUUAUAGCCCUCCAACUGAAGAAGGACCAUACUCACAGCAGUAUUAGAAACCAGAUUAAUUUAAUAGAGACUGAAUUAUUCCAGCUAUCACAGCUGGAGCUAAGGCGGAGAAAACUGGACACAGAGACCCUGCAGGAAACUCUGGCAGUGCAACGCUUGGCCCUCACAGACAUUCUGCAACAGUUGCUGAAGGAGAAGAAGCAGAGAGAAGAAGAACUGCGAGAAAUUUUGGUUGAAAUGGAGAGGAAGAGCGAUGCAAACGUGGAGAACUACUGGCUCAUUCAGUAUCAGCGGCUACUGCUUAAGAAGCCUUUAUCUAUCAGGAUGCAGGAAGAAGGUUUGGAGAAGGAGCUGGUUGAGCUGUUGACCCAUAUAUCCGCAGAGAAGUACUUGCCUAUAUUUGCCCAUCAUCGUAUCACUAUGGGGAUGCUGAGUUGUAUGACCACACAGGAUUUGCAGAAGAUUGGUGUUACUGAAACUGGAUUACAGCACACAAUCCUGCAGCUGGUUCGGAAGAGGCUAGAGCAAGCAGCUGCACUUCCAGUACCUAAUAAAUUUACUGAUGCUGAGACCAUUAGUGGACCCAGUGCUCCUCCUAUUGAAUCCAUUACCAUCUCAGGUCCUUCUGCUGCGAUGGCUGAGACAGCAUCAGAAUGUGUAGUCUGUAUGGAGUGUGAGACUCAGGUAAUUUUCCUGAAAUGUGGCCAUGUUUGCUGUUGCCAGGUGUGCGGUGAUGCACUACGCACAUGUCCACUGUGCCGUACAGACAUUACGCAGAGAAUCCGUUUCUACCACAGCAGCUAAAUAGAAGGACCUUUUACUGCCACCAGGUGUGCUGCGAUACACUAUACACUUGCUUACUGUGCACUGCAGACAUUAUGUAAAGGACCACAAUAGCUGAGAGGAAGGACCUUCAGCACCGUCAGCGUCACCUGCCUGAUUUUUAAUGACGCAGUUGUUGCAUGCGACCUGUAUAAGAAGAAGUCUAAGAGCGAUGGUAUAUGGUGCCUGUGACCUCUGAAAGCACUUUUUAUUCUGAAUAAUCUUGAGACUCUUCCUGUAACCCACUGUGCCGUCAGCGCAGGACUCUCUGUUAUGGGAAUAUUUAGUUUUACUGAGUUGGCAGUGGAUAUUAUCACAUCAUAGUGGUUCAAAAGAAAUGUUCCUUCAUUCAGUAUAGACCAUUUUAGUCCCUGCAUUGCCAGGAUAAGGGGAUACAGAAGGCAUGAUGCAGUAAUGUACCUAUAUACAUUUAAAUUACUAAUGUGGGGAGACAAAGGACUUUAUUUUAUUUGGCAAAAUCCUUAUUUUCACACAUUUCACCUGUACAUUUUAAUGCAUUUUAUUAAAUGAUUAAGGUCAAAUAGUUGCAGGUGACUAGGGAGUUUAACCACUAACAAGUCUAGUCCACUGAAUUUGACCACAGGUUCUACGUAAUGUAAUAAGACUUUGUAGGGCACAUGCCUAGAUCUGAUUGAUGUAUCUGGUUGAUUCACACUUUAUUAGUCUUAUCUCUAGGCUUCUCUGCUAACCCGUAGGAGAGAUUUCUGUCUUUUCUGCACUUGAGUUAUUAACUGCUCAUGCUUUUAAGGGUUUGUAUUAUUAUGGAUUUGUCUACUUUUUUCAUCUUUAUAGUAUUGAGAUACCUCUGUUUGACAACUCAAAACAUUUUAUAUACAGUAUUGUAAUAUGUUUCGUUUGACAGCAUGUAAUUCUCAGCUUUUUCCUAUUAAGGGACCCCCCCCCCAUUGUACUCCUAGGAAUCCUGUUCAGCAUUUUAAUAUUUGUUACCCCUUUUUCUAACACUAAAAUGAUGCUGUCUCACAGUGACAUUUUAAUGUAGAAGCUUGAAUAAAUGCUUAUCAUGCAAAAAAGAUACUAUUUGCAAGUGUGAAUGCGCUAUAUUAUUUAUGUCUACCUGAUACAAUCCAUCUAGUACUUUGUCUGUGUUCCCCAUGUUUAGAUGACGCAUUGUAAAAGCCAUAUUUUGUCGUCUGUGAAGGAAAUAAUGCCUGUUAAGAUGUCUGUAUCUGCAGCAAUGUAUUUACAGCUGCUCUCAGUUUUAACAGUAGCUUUUAUUCCUUGUAUGUGUUAUCAUGAAUGUAUUUCCCUUGUGCCUUUGUUAACCUUGAGUAAGAGGGUUGUUCAGAAUGGGUAUUAACAUGUUCCAUGUACAGUGUUGCUCUGUUUUGUUUGAGGAGAAAACAAAUUUAAAUUACAAUAUUAUCCUCCCAGAAUGCUGAUCAUUUUUUAAAAAUUGUUGUCAGCCCUAGAUUAUCUUUGUAUAGCAACCCAACUAUUUAUUAAAGUUAAUUGCUAACCUUUUAUUUAAUGAUCUUAUGUAGAAAAAGAUUGACACCAUUACAAAUUCUUGAAUGUAUCUGCAUGUAUAUAGUAAAUGGAUUUUUAAGACUUUUAAAUGUACCAUUUUCCUCAAUGGGAUUAAGGUUAUCAUUUGUUAUUUCAUUUUUUGAACUUAAUUAAAUGAUGAAACCAGUACAUUCUAAUUAUCCCGGCUACAACAAAUAAUGCUGCUUUAAUAAAUGAUAUUUGCUGUUU